AAAGUUUACUUUCACUUUCAUAACCGCCCGGUUAACGAUGAAGCGCAGGGCUUCCUGGAAGUGUACACCGCCAUAGCACGCGUCACUUUGAGGUUGUCGUCGAUGGCGAGUGCUCGUCUUUGCUACGUUGCAAGUUGCUCAAAACAUAAGCGCUAGCGUCAACUAGCAUAAACUGCGCCAGAAACAUGCGAGCGAGCGAGGAGGAGACGCUCAUGGACGACUACUUGGCCUCCAUCGGACUGCAUCGGAAACGGGUCGCUAAGGACGGCUCGUGCUUGUUUCGUGCCGUGGCCGAGCAGGUUCUUCACAGCCAAAGUCUUCACUCGCAAGUUCGGGCCCAGUGUGUUCGCUUCCUGAGGCAGCACAGAGAGAGCUAUGCGGCAUUUAUUGAAGGGGAUUUUGAAGCGUACUUGCAGCGGCUCCGGGACCCGCAGCAUUGGGCCGGCGAGGUGGAGAUGAACGCAUUGGCCAUCAUGUACAAGAAGGACUUUGUGAUCUUUCAAGAGCCAGGCAAACCUCCAGUGGACAUCACCGGUGACAAGUUCAAGGAGAAGGUCCAGUUGUCUUUUCUGAACGGGAAUCACUACGACAGCGUUUAUCCCGUCAGCCAUAUAAAGAACGCCGCGCUCUGCCAGUCCGUGCUGUACGAGCUGCUGUACGCCGACGUCUUCCGGGUGAGCCGGCACGCUCUGCCGGCCUGCCGGGCCGGCGGCCGAGCCUGCGAGCGGCUGAGCGACGACAACAUGGCGACGUGCGCCAGCAGCGACGAGUCCGACCCUGACGCGGGCAACGCGUUCAGGGGCAAGAACAGCUGGUCAAGGGGCCGCGGACUUCCGUGGCCAGAAAGUGUGCGCCGUUCAUUGAGUGCCAGUCUGUACCGAAAUGUUGCGUAUGACACCUGGCAAAAGUCCAAGAAAGCACAACAAAAGCGGGAUCACUGCAUGGCUGCUGAUAUGCAGUACACUGUAGGCCAGCGCUGUAAGGUGUGGCGGGAUGGACGUGAGCAGAGCUACAAUGCCACCAUCGAGGAGAUCCCGACCAGUGGUGGCCUGGUGACGGUUUACACGGAAGAAGAAGGCCGACUACACGUCCCACUGGGGAGCCUGACGUCAGAUGGCCCGGGUCGGAGCGCCGUCCUCCGUCGGGAGAGGAGAGUUAGCGAUGGAGCGCGAGAGGCGGCUUGGGACAAGUCCGGACCAAAAUCCUUCUCUGGUCCCAGAGCGAGCGCUCCGGCCCCAAGUGGGCGUGCGCACCAGCAGAAGUCACGGCCGCCGCAAGGAGAGCUGAGACGGUCCAGGAAGAGCGCAUGUGACACUGCCUCUUUCGGCCUGACCGAGGAGGAGCGUUUGCUCAAAGAGGAGGAGCUGCAGAAUGUGGCGCUGGUGGAGAUACAGCUGAAGGAUGAGCACAGCUUCCCGGCGCUUGGGAGGGGGAGUCUGCUUGAAGAUGUUGUGGCGCUGUCUUCCUCUGCUGUGGAAAAACAGAAGCGCAACACUAGACCUCUUCAAAGUACUGCUGCGUGUCCCUCGUCUCCCCCUUCCACGGACUCCGCCGCCCUGUCCUCAAAUAUUGGCCCGGCUCCCACCUUCAUAUCUCCCAUCGCGCCGUCUCCUGGGGCCGCGACGGCCGCUGUCCGUAGCUUGUCCUCACCGAGUCCUCCGGCGGACCCGAGAUCCUCGUCUUCAUCGCCGGCGCCGCCUCUUCCGCGAGUCACCGGGGCCCCCGGACUUUGGGCUCCCGGGCCAACUCAAAGUCCAGAUGCUGGAGAUGCCGUGAGCGUGUCAGUGGGUCAGGGGGCCGCUGAAGAAUUGAAGGAUCAGGCGGCUGAUGUGAGGGAUCCCCCUCAGAACCAGAACCAUCAGGUCCAGUCGGGGCAACUCCCUUCCCUCCCCAUCCACACAACACCCCAGAAUGCCAGUGAGAAUGCAUCGGCUCACCGGGCCUUGCCCGGUCCCUUCUCUGACACCCCCCAACCGUCGGCCGCUACUUCCGUCCCCCUCGGACUCCACCCGACACUCCCCGGAGGCGUCCCUGUGCACCAGCUCUACCAGGACCUCCUCUACCCUGGCUUCCCCCUGGGAGAGAGUGGCAAUGUGCUCCCGGCUCCAGACUUUUCUCUCCACAAGUCGGGAGAAGACCUCCCCCGAGAUGUAAACGUUCUGAGGUUUUUCUUCAACUUGGGUGUGAAGGCAUACAACUGGCCCUUCUACACGCCCUACAUGUACCUGCUGCCCCUCCAGCAAGCCCACAUCAUGCAGCCCGGCAUCGUCUCGCCAGUCCAGAGUCACCGUUCCCCCGACGCCGCCCCCCGGCCCGCGUAUUCCGCCGCGCAACCAGGGCACGAGGGCGUGAACGUGAUGCCACCGCUCGACGUCAACCAAGCACUGGGAAGAGCAGUCCCUGCGGCUCCCAUCCCCGCAAGAGGCCACAAGCCGCCGCCGCCGCCUCAGCGCCCGUCGGUGGGCUGCAACACUGACGACGGCGACGAGUCGUACGCUUCGAGGACGGCGGCGAGCAGACACGACGGAGGGCGACGACCGGGCGGGCGAGGGGGCUACCGGAGGAGACGUGGACGACAACCUGGCACCUACAGAGGAUACUGACUUCCGGUUGACGUUUGAUGCACUUUAUUCAAUAAAGAUGUCUAAACUGCAA